CCCUCUCUCUCUCUCUCUGUCUCUCUCUCCCAUUCUCGCGCGCGCGCGGCUGCUGCCGGCAGCCCCUGCUCCUCGGCUGCUGCCUCCUUGACACCGAGCUCCUUAUAAGGCAGCAAUCUCCAUAGAAACGGGUCAGUUUCGCUCGUCGUGUCAAAGUUCACUAUAUACAGCCCGGCGCGCGGAGCCCCCAGUCGGAAACAACGCACUCCUCCUUGCACAACACCGCCAGCGCCAGACUGCUUGCCAGAACCGGGCUGUUCCUUGGGGCCAGUACCAGCACCGGCACCAGUACCUCAGAAGCAAGCCGUUCACCAGGGAUUGGCGGACAGGGUCAACCCUCUUGUUUUGUGCUCCUUUUUAAUUCUAUUCAGUUUCUUUACUGGAAAGCUGAACAAACUGCAGGGACGAUGUGACGCGGAGUCCAAUUGCAUUAUUAAUAUUAUCAACAAACAGCGGCAUUAUCAUUAUUAUUAUUGAUGUAUUCCUUUAAAAUAUUGUUUCUGAGGACUUUUUACGCGACUUUAAAAAUCCUCCUCCACCAGUACCAUCAGCAACAAAAACAUUUGCUAGAAGCAGUUUCUACAGCAUUGUGAAGGAGCGAAGAAACACGAAGGAAGCAUCAGCAGGAGCCGAGGAUUUGCAGAGAACUCGCCAUACUUUGGAUCUCAUGUUGUGCAUCUGGCUGUAGGCUAUGCAGUGUCUAGGAGUCGGCUCUGUUUUUCGUGUUUGUGACUUCUGACUUCAGUUGUCUCUUGCAUCUCUCACUGUGCACCCAAUCCCACUCUUCUUCACCUCACAGCAAGUCCUCAUUCCCUGUCGGUUGGUUCUUCUUCUUCCUGAAUGGCUGACUGCGCAUUGCUCUGGACCUGGCCCCCCGACGCUUCUCUCUACAGCCGAGCUUAAUUCGGUGCCUGGACUUCAGUCUCUUUCACCAUCAGAACGUCAAGCAUCUCUUCCCAUGUCGACUCCACUCCAUACACGGACUGCUAGCGGGCUUAAUCGCCCGCAUCAAGUCUGACUUUGCAAAUUUCCUCUGUCUGGAGUGGACUUAAGCUCGUCAAUUUCAUUUCGAUUUUUUUGUCCAACUGUACGGUCAAGAAAAAGGGGACAUAAACCUGAAAGCACUGUCUGGGGUGGCAGCAACAACUCACCUGCCUCCUUAUACUGUCAACUGUGUUAAGCCCGGUGCUGCCGCUGCCCUCCUCGCCUGGUAUCCGGUCAUCGCCCCGCACUCCUUUCUGGGCCCGAGAUAUGGCAAUGGUAGUUAGCAGCUGGAGAGAUCCGCAGGACGACGUCGCCGGCGGGCCGGCAGCCGGAGCACAGCCGGGCAGGGAUCCACAGCAGGCGGCCACAGCUGCCCCGCACACCCCGCAGACCCCAGGACAGCCAGGGCCGCCCUCCACACCGGGCACAGCAGGCGACAAGGGCCCCGGAGGGGCUCCCAACUCGGGACAACAACAGCACAUUGAAUGUGUUGUUUGUGGGGACAAGUCAAGUGGCAAGCACUAUGGUCAGUUUACUUGCGAGGGAUGCAAAAGUUUUUUCAAGAGAAGCGUUCGCAGGAACUUAACUUAUACCUGUCGAGCAAAUAGGAACUGUCCCAUAGAUCAACAUCACCGCAACCAGUGCCAGUACUGUCGACUCAAGAAGUGUCUGAAAGUGGGCAUGAGACGCGAAGCGGUUCAGCGAGGAAGAAUGCCUCCAACCCAACCGAACCCAGGUCAAUAUGCGCUGACGAAUGGGGACCCAUUGAAUGGCCACUGCUACCUGUCUGGCUACAUCUCGCUGCUGCUCCGGGCUGAGCCAUAUCCUACAUCCCGCUAUGGCAGCCAGUGUAUGCAGCCCAACAACAUCAUGGGCAUUGAGAAUAUUUGUGAAUUGGCCGCCCGCUUGCUCUUCAGCGCUGUUGAGUGGGCCCGCAACAUUCCGUUCUUCCCGGACCUGCAGAUCACGGACCAGGUGGCCCUUCUGCGAUUGACGUGGAGUGAGUUGUUCGUGCUCAACGCCGCCCAGUGUUCCAUGCCCUUACAUGUGGCCCCUCUGUUAGCUGCAGCCGGCCUUCAUGCCUCGCCCAUGUCCGCCGAUCGGGUGGUCGCCUUCAUGGAUCACAUCCGUAUCUUCCAGGAGCAGGUAGAGAAACUGAAGGCCCUGCACGUCGACUCUGCUGAGUACAGCUGCCUCAAAGCCAUCGUUCUCUUCACAUCAGACGCGUGUGGUCUGUCUGAUGCAGCCCAUAUAGAAAGUCUGCAAGAGAAAUCUCAAUGUGCCCUGGAAGAAUAUGUAAGGAGCCAGUACCCCAACCAGCCGAGCCGCUUCGGCAAGCUCUUAUUGCGACUACCUUCCCUUCGCACAGUGUCUUCUUCUGUCAUCGAACAGCUGUUCUUUGUCCGCUUGGUAGGUAAAACUCCAAUUGAGACUCUCAUCAGAGAUAUGCUACUUUCUGGAAGCAGCUUCAACUGGCCUUAUAUGUCUAUCCAGUGAUCAUAGAGGACUGAACAAAAGGCAGUAUGGGACCAACACACAAAUAUACAAACAAAUUAAAUGCCACAAAGGGUGAUUCUGAUAAAGUGUAUGAUGGAGAACAUUUUAAAGGAACUCCUGAUUUCUUAAGGAGAAAAUGCAUCUGUCACGGUGUUAAUAUAAUAAAUCAAUAAGACUAUGUGGAUUUUGGACUGCUGUGGAUAUUAUCUGUACAGAAAGGAAAACUGAACUGAAUCCUGUGUAUACACAUAUACAGCACAUUGUUCACUGUUUUGUAAAAUACUGGUCUUUAUUUUCAUUUUUGUAAAACUGAAAAACAUGGUAUGCGCAUUAAAAUAAGAAAAAAAGAACUUAGGGGGAAAUAACAUUUUCCAAAUGAUUAUCAGACUUUGUCCCGUGUCUACGUAUCUAUCUGUUUUGUAUUUUUCUGGUUCCAAACCAGUUUACCUGUGAUUCUAUACUAAUAAUUUUGAUAUAACAUUUUGCUUCUUAUAAUGAGUACGAUGUAUGUUGUCCAAGCUAUGUUCUUCAAGAAUUAAAAUUGAAGUGAGAAUUUAAAGAAAGAAUAAAGAAAUUUAGAAAAAAAGACAGAGAAAACGAAAACUAGAGGAGUCAUGUUGCUUACAAUUUGCUGAAAAAACUUUCAGAAGAGGAAACAUUCAGAGUAGUAGGUCAAUUUAAAGGGCAGUGUGCAAAAUAAACUUUUAAAAGACGAAAUGUAAACUGAUCAGAUGUACAUUUGGCACUCUUGGCUUCGUGUUUGAUGAAACGGAAUGCUAAAAUCUGAGGCAAAACUUGAGUAUGCAUGCUACAGCUCUGGACAGCCAUUAAGUCUGAAGAGUAUCAUUGCAACGAAGCCUAAAGUAUUCGUUAAAUUGCUCACACCUGUGUAUGUGUGUGUGUGUGUGUGUGUGUGUGUGUGUGUGUGUGUGUGUGUGUGAGAGAGAGAGAGAGAGAGAGACAGAGCGAGAGAGACUGAAACAGACAGACAUACAGACACACGCGCACGCACACACACAAACGCGGUAGAAAACACACAGAAAAUGGGAAAUACAUCAGUGCAAUAUUGUUAAUUUACUUUUCUAAUGGAGUAAUGCCAACCGAAAGAGCUGUGUUGCAGACUUGUCAAGGUGCUGAUCACGUAGUUACUUCCGGUUGUCAUUUAAAAUGGGCCACGCCAAUGCAUCACAUUAAAGGCAUUUUAACUAAGAUAGCGCAGUUUAUUACACAAAACAGCAUACCCACGCAUGCAUAUCAUGCACAUUUAUGGGUAUACACGCCCCAACUCGCACACACACACACACACACGCGCGCACAAAAAUACCGCACCCCUGAUGUAUUUAUUUGUCAUUUGAGAUACCUUAGUUGCCCUCUGCUAGCUGAAGACUCCUUUAAUAGCUCACUCGCUUUACCUUUUUACAGAAGUUGAAUUAAACCUGGAGAGCCUCUACGGCCAAGGAUCUUUUUCUCAACUUAUGAAGAAAUAUGCAUUUGAAGGACGUAAGUCGCUGGCCUUCAACAAAUCCAUAAUAAAGUGUAUUUUAAAUUAAUGUCUCAUAUAUUUUCUAUUAUUAUUCUAUUAUUAUUAUUAUUAUUUUUACUUAAUGACCAGUUUCUAAAAUUACGUGAAUUCAGUAUAUUGGAAAUAUGACUGGCUUUGGACUUUCUUUUAAUAUUACAUGCUGUGAUAUCCGAAGUUAAUGUUAUGAAUGGGCGAGUGGGGUCAGAUAAUUUACGUAGGGUAUAUAUCAUGGGUUUCAGUACAGAAGUCUCCUUGUGACUUUCUAGUCAUAUGAUUUAACAUAAAAAGUCAUUAUGUUUUAAUAACCAAAAUGAACACACCAAAACACAAUCCAUAUGAAAUAUUAUACAGUGGCAAAAUACUAGCAUAGAACUUCAGAUCAUACAAAGAGUAAGAUAAAGUACUCCACAGCAAAAGUCUUGUAGCAGAGAAAACAAAUAUUAAUCUCAAAGACCAUUUUGCCCAGCUUUUUGGGAGCUUAACAUUUCGUCUUUGGUAGUCAACAAGAAAGGGUCCAGACCUCCUUAAAUACCUUGGUGUAGGGAGAGGUGAAUGCGGUUGAGGGCUUUGUUCUUUUCCAGGUUCUGGUAGACCCCGCCCCCCGCUACGCAUGCUCCUAGGUCUUGUAAUAUCCAAGUUAUACAGCGAGAAUUACGCCAAUUAGUUGGAAACUGAGCAUCCAAGAGAAGCAGCGUGGGUCGAAAUAAGAUAGGAAAAUAGGAAAGUUUCAACUUGGCAAAGGGUGUCACUACAACUUUUUUCUCGUUUCCUGUCAGUUUCCCUUGCUGCCCCCCCCCCCCCAAAAAAAAAGAAAAACUUAAAACAUGUAUGUUAAUACUUGAAACAAUUUGAGGGCGUACAUAUAAUUUGCUCUCUGUGUUGAAAGGUUUCAUUUCUGGCCCUAAGAAGGAAAAUAAUUAUUUCUGAGUUUGUUUCCAAAUUUGUUAAUAGAUUCAUGAUAGCGAUGUUGUCUUCAUGAACUGUGGACUGCCUUGUGACACAGGAAUACUACUUUACUGCUGCAAUUAUAUUAUAUAUAAUUUAUAAAGUAUUGUCUUUUGCAGUAUUCCAGAACGGAGGCAUUCUUGGAAUGUGCCUUCGCCAGUAACACAAAUAAUAAUGCUGACUUCUGUAUAGUAUCCGUAUUUAAAGGGUGUGUACUUACAGAAUUCACUUUGACUUUCUUCUCAAACAAUUUCAUUAGGCAGCAUAGUGAGGUCAACUCUAUACACCAUUUUUAUUUAUGAAUUUAAUUGCAAGUGGUGUUUUCUGAACAUUCUAGACAAAUCUACUUGAGUUUAAAAAUCUGUCAUUGUCUUCCAUGUACCGUUAAUUUCAUCUAAAAUGUGUUCGUCAGGUGCACACAAAGUAUGAGAGUUUAGAGCAUCGGCUGGCAAUUUCUGUGGUUACACUUUUGUAAUAUUCACUUGAUUAAUAAGAUCGUUGAAAUGGACUAGCUGGUAUGUUUGUACGAAGUAGUACUUUUAGACAAUGGUUCCAUUAUAUUGAAAUAAAUCAAUUUAGGCUACUGCCUGUACAACUUUCUUAUUGAAUGUUUCGCCAAACACAAAACUUUAAACUUAAACUAAGUACAGUUGAAAUGAAAUGAAAUAAUUUCUACAGUAACUGUCAUUGUAAUGUAUUAUUAUUUACAGUGUGUAUGUUGCACUGAACACGGUACUGAUAACAACAAAAGUAUUAAGUCUUGCUGUCUUUUCUUUCUCUUUUCUUUCCCCCCCCAAGAUAUGCAAUAAGCAAACUUCUUUUUAACAUCCCUUAUGCUGAUACUUGAUUUUUUUUGGGGGGGGGGGGGCGUUAAAGUAAUAUGACAUCAUUUCUGUAUCAUGUUUAGAGUUUAGAUGAAAGUGUUCCUUAUCUGAUUGGAAAACUGAUGGCAAGAGUAUGUGAUUACAGAUAACACCUUAUCUAUAUAUUCUCAAAUGCAGCUUUGAUUUUUUUUGUAAGAAUGGAAUUAAUUAUUAGUAUAUGCAAAAAGCGAGUUCUAGUCUCAGGGGCUCCCCAUAAGUGGUACAUUUUAAUUUCAGAAUCGUUGUACAUGUGUUAUGCCGUUUUCGCACAGCAAGAAGUGAGUUAAAUAAGGCUUAAAAAGUCAUUUUGCACACCUUUUAUUAAAGGUCGUCUUUUAUAUUUAAUGAUCCCUGGUUAUUAUUUAACAAUGCUGUGGUAUCCCAGAUAUCUUUAACAAGCAGUGAAAUGUUGUCUUAGAAGCAAACUACCCUUUCUUGUGCAAAAGAAGGGGCCAUUCUUUGUAAACCAUGACAAAAAUGUCAGAAAAGAGCCCAGUCAUAAAUGUUAAGCACUUGGCGUGAUAUUGAUAGGUGGCAUUUGUUAUUAUUGAUGUUAGUAGCAUAACAAAGUAAAACUUAAUUUAUUUUCUUAAUAAAUGCAGUCAUUGGCUGUAAAAUGUU